GGCGGGGGCCGAGCCGGUGCGGCCAAAAUGGCGGAGGGGGUGCUGAGUCCCGGGGUGAACCUGGAGGCCUUCUCGCAGGCUAUUGCCGCUAUCCAGGCUUUGCGCUCUAGCGUCACCAGGGUCUUCGACUGUCUGAAGGAUGGGAUGCGGAACAAGGAGACGCUGGAGGGCCGCGAGAAGGGUUUCGUGGCCGCCUUCCAGGAGAGCCUGCACUCUGUCAGCCGCGACCUGAGUGAACUGGAGCGUUUGAGCAACCUGGUUGGUAAACCAUCUGAGAACCACCCCCUGCACAAUAGUGGGCUGCUGAGCCUCGAUCCUGUUCAGGACAAAACACCGCUUUACAGCCAACUGCUUCAAGCCUACAAAUGGUCAAAUAAGUUGCAGUACCAUGCCGGGCUAGCAUCUGGCCUUUUGAAUCAGCAGUCUUUGAAACGUUCAGCCAACCAGAUGGGAGUAUCUGCAAAACGCAGACCAAAAGCCCAGCCAACAACUCUUGUCUUACCUCCUCAAUAUGUUGAUGAUGUGAUCAAUCGGAUUGACAGAAUGUUUCCUGAAAUGUCUAUCCAGCUCUCCCGGCCAAACGGAACCUCUGCAAUGCUUUUGGUUACCUUGGGAAAAGUGCUAAAAGUGAUAGUGGUGAUGCGGAGCCUUUUCAUUGACCGGACAAUAGUGAAAGGGUACAAUGAGAAUGUCUACACUGAAGAUGGCAAGCUUGACAUAUGGUCUAAAUCCAACUAUCAAGUUUUUCAGAAGGUUACGGAUCAUGCAACCACUGCUCUGUUGCACUACCAGCUGCCUCAAAUGCCAGAUGUGGUAGUCAGAUCUUUCAUGACCUGGUUAAGAAGUUACAUAAAGCUGUUCCAGGCUCCGUGCCAGCGCUGCGGAAAGUUUCUGCAGGAAGGCCUGCCACCCACGUGGAGGGAUUUCCGAACACUUGAAGCUUUUCAUGACACUUGCAGGCAAUAGUAGCCCAACCCAGACACGGGUACGUGAGGAGUGAACAUUCUAUUAGGCUCAGAAGAGAGCUGAUGGUUUAAUAAGUGCUUCAUAUAUGGAACCACUGUACCAAAUAGUGAGGUUGCACUAAUAUAUUUUAGUAUUUAGAAGCAUGUGUGAGACUGAUGUCUUUUGAAGAAGAUGGUAAGAAGCUGUGUGAUUGUUUGAUGCUUCUGAGGUGAAAGGAUAUGUCUGGGAAGAUCUGACAGAAAUCAUUAUUCUAAACCUUAAUGAAAAUACCCAUGUACAGUUUGUGGUUUUUUGACAGAAUUUGCAACAUUCAAGACUUUUAUAAGCAUGAAAUAAAUUUUGUAUUGCAGGAUUUGUGGUAUUUAUUUCAUUAUUUGAUCGACAAAAUCUUUGGGUUUGGUGUGGAUUUUUCAGUGCUGCUCUUUUCUUUAGAAAAACUGGAAACGUUUGAACACACGUGCUGUUAUGAUGGCGGGUGAUGCAAGGCUGCUUAUCUGAGCGCUGGUCUUUUUCUGGAAGAGACUGUGGCGUUGAUUAAAUGUGGAAUUUCGAAGGCAUGUGGCAGCUUGGAAGAUGUAAUGUACUUUCUAAGGCGAGGGGGGAAACAGAUGUUUCCCUUUACUAAAAUUGUAAUGAAAAAUGUUAGCAUAGUCUGCAUGUAUUAAG